GGAGGAAGAGGUAGAGCCAGUCCACGGAGAAACAGGGACCCUCCGCCAGAAAACGCAGGCGAGCCGCAGAAAUAAAUGCGCGUCCGGGUGGAACGGCGUUUUUUUCCAGAUGCUCCUGCUACUCUCGAUCCGCGUUAGCCAUUGAGAUAAUUGUUUCAGUCUUUUUUAGUGUUUCCAACGCAUCCUGCUUGCGUAGUCAAGGAGAGAGGACCCAAGGAAACUCUUUGAUGUUUGGAUUCAACGCGUAAAAGUAAAUUAGAAGUAGACCAGAUCUUAAUAAGCCGAUGUUUCUUUUUUUUCCUCCCCAAAUUUUUCUUUUGAUUUUGAUUUAAUCAUGUGUGGAGCAGCCUUCUAAAUCCAGCUUGGUAUGGUUUCUAAAGCUGGAAGCUGAAUCGUUGCGCGCCAGCAUCAAUAUUUGAUUUUUUUAAAACUGAAUUGCUGUUUUUUUUCUUUCUUUUUUCCUGUGCUGAUUGAAACAAAAAAUAAUAACCGCUUCUGAUAUCAUGUUACUGGAUGCUGGUCACCAGUUCGCCGGACUGGGAGUGGGCUCUUUUGCCAGGCAUCACUCUGCAAGCGAGAUGCAGGACAGAGACUUGAGUUUGGCACAGAAUAGCUUUGUAGACUCCGCACACAUGGGUGCGUUUAAGCUCAACCAUGAUCUCUCCCCGGGACAGAGCUCUGCCUUCACCUCUCAGGCGCCGGGGUACCCCGCCGCGGCUUUAGGGGCUCACGCUGCCCAUGUCACGUCGUACGCAAGCUCUCCUUUCAACUCCACCAGGGACUUUCUCUUUCGUAGCCGCGGCUUCGGAGAAUCCUCUCCGGCCAGCAGCCAACACACUAUUUUUGGCCCCACGGCGGGAUCCCUCCAUCACUCCCACACAGACACCCAAGGCCACAUUCUCUUUCCCGGGAUCCACGACCAACAUGGCUCCCACGCAUCCCCGAACGUCCUGAAUGGGCAGAUGAGGCUCGGACUACCCGGAGAAGUUUUCGGACGCUCCGAGCAGUACCACCAGGUCUCCAGUCCGAGGACCGACCCCUACUCCGCAGCGCAGCUCCACAACCAGUACGGCUCCAUGAAUAUGAACAUGGGGAUGAACAUGGCAGCCCACCACCACCCCGGUGCCUUUUUCCGGUACAUGAGGCAGCAGUGCAUCAAGCAGGAGCUCAUCUGCAAAUGGAUCGACCCCGAUCAGCUCAGCAACCCCAAGAAGUGCUGCAAUAAAACUUUUAGCACCAUGCACGAGCUGGUUACGCACGUCUCUGUGGAGCACGUCGGUGGACCGGAGCAGACCAACCACGUCUGCUUCUGGGAGGACUGCUCCCGGGAGAGCAAGCCGUUCAAGGCAAAAUACAAACUGGUAAACCACAUUCGGGUGCACACCGGGGAGAAGCCGUUCCCAUGCCCCUUCCCCGGCUGCGGAAAGGUCUUCGCGCGGUCGGAAAACUUAAAGAUCCACAAGAGGACGCACACAGGAGAAAAACCCUUCCAGUGUGAGUUUGAAGGCUGCGACAGAAGGUUUGCAAACAGCAGCGACCGGAAAAAACACAUGCAUGUUCACACAUCGGACAAGCCAUAUCUCUGCAAAAUGUGCGACAAGUCCUAUACACAUCCCAGCUCUCUACGGAAACACAUGAAGGUCCACGAAUCAUCUCCAUCAGCAUCAGACUCAUCACCAGCAGCCAGCUCUGGCUAUGAAUCCUCCACGCCUCCGGGCCUAGUGUCUCCCACCACAGAGACCCAAAGCAACACCACCCUGUCCCCAGCCUCAGCUGUGCACAACACCACCAGCCACAGUGGCCUGUCCUCCAAUUUCAGUGAAUGGUAUGUGUAGGACUAACCUGAAACGAAGCAACACGCUCUUUUCACAGCACUGGGCCACGUUUUUCUGCAGGAGACAGGGACACUGUGCUCACAGGAGGCACAUUUAUUUUUUAUUCUGUUGUUUCACCAGGAAAAAUGAUGAUUGCCAACAAGGGAUAUUUCAUAAUGUACAUAUUUACUAAAAAAAAUCCCCACUCUGUUGUAAUAGUUUGUCAGUCUUUGUUGUAUAGGUGUUCCUUCAAUGGUAGCUAUCUCUAACUGGACUCUUAGUGCACAUAUUGCCAUGAAAUUGUACUAUAUUGUUGAAUAUUGUGAUCCCAAGGCAAACUGAUUGUAUCAUACUUUAACAUCUAUAAACUGGAAAGAGUGCCAAAGUUAACAUUUAACUCAAAAAGACCACAAUAAUAUGCUUGUGAAUGUACAUUUUAGUUUAACUUGUGAUGUUUUUGUGCUUUGCGAGUUUGAAUUGUGAAAAAACUUAUCUUGGAAGAUUGUGAGGACAAAUAAACGUUGUGCUGGUUGAUUUUUUUUCUUUUCUUCCUGUAACUACACCCCUCCUUUUGUAAAUAUUAGCUGCCAUAUUUAUCCAUUUGUAAUUAAAUUAUGGUAUUUACUUGCUACAGAUGAAACAGUAUUUAUAAAGAAUGUUUCUUUACUAUAAAUAUGUACAAUGACGAGCUAAACAAGGGCAGUUGUUUCGUUUUGUGCUUUUGUUCAAAGUUUUAAAAUGUGUUUCCUCUCUCAUUGUAAGAAGAAUUUUACUGCAUACAAAUAUAAUAAAAAGGUGUUGCAAGUGAUCGUU